CGAUAUUCUUCUUAGGUUUUUAAUUCGUUGCAGUCUGCUAUUGCUUUUGUUUGUAGCUGUAACUUUUGUAGAGUAGUGCGAGUGCAGUUUAGUAAUAAAUGUACUGACCUCAAGUUAAUUUCGUACGGCAAUGUUCGAAAAGUGGUAUAUCCAUUUUUGGUAGAGAAUCGUUUUACGAAGACACAUUUUAAUUAAUUUUUGCUAUUGGGAAUGAAUUAAACUAAAUUCUCACAUCAAAGCAACAGCUGCCGCGCGCAGGAGCAAAAUACAUCGAUUAUAACAAGUGCUGCACUUUUGUUGAAUGCAGCAUUGCCUAGCUUUAGGUCACUCAACUAUAAUUUACCUACAAAGGAAAAGUAAACUACGCAGAUUUUUCUACAUCAAUACAAAAACAAACAUUAGGGCUAUACGAAGGAUCGGCCAAAAAAGGAAUUGACUAAAAGGAAAUCCCUACCGUUCAAGGAAUCGAAUCGAAAUAACGUGAUGACGGACGAGUGUAUUGCCAUAAACUACGAAUACAUAAGGAGAAAGAACAAUACAGCCAUGCUAAUGCAAAGCAUAGACAAGAUAGAUGCACAACCGACGGGACGUGAAAAACCCACUAACAAUGCAGUUAAUAAAUUUGGAAUCAAUAUUACUGGUGCAAAUAAAGGCAGCAGUGGAGGAGGUGAAGAUGUUAGUGCGGGAUAUCACAAAUAUGCUGCGUAUAUGCCCACUGAACGUCACGCUAGGGAAUAUAAUAUGAACCACAAAAAUCGGGGUCUUGCGCUCAUUUUCAAUCAUGAACAUUUUGAUAUACCAUCUCUGAAGCCUCGUCAAGGAACCAACGUAGACUGUGAAAAUCUUAGUGCUGCUUUACAGAAAUUGCACUUCCAAGUAAAUACUUUUAAAGACUGCAAAUUAAGAGAGAUUCUUAAGCAUGUGGACCAUGCUGCCUCUCAAGACCAUAGUGAUAAUGACUGCAUCGUGGUGGCCAUAUUAUCACAUGGCGAACACGGAUAUCUCUAUGCUAAGGAUGUUCAAUACAAAUUAGAUACAAUUUGGCAUCAUUUUUCGGCCCAUACUUGCCCCACACUAGCCGGAAAACCUAAAUUAUUUUUCAUACAAGCUUGUCAAGGUGAUCAUUUUGAUCCUGGUGUUCUGAUGCGUAGAACCGAAACUGAUGGAGAGACAUCAAUGAGUUACAAAAUUCCUGUACACGCUGACUUCCUCAUUGCCUAUUCUACUAUUCCUGGUUUCUACUCGUGGCGCAACACCAGCAAUGGUUCCUGGUUCAUGCAAUCACUUGUGGAAGAGCUUAAUGCCAAUGGCAAGAAAGAUGAUAUAUUGACAUUACUAACAUUCGUCAAUCAACGUGUUGCUGUUGAUUUUGAAUCAUGCGUUCCAGAUUGCCCGAUAAUGCAUCAGCAGAAGCAAAUUCCGUGUGUUACUUCUAUGUUGACGCGUAUAUUGCGCUUCACAGACAAACCUAAAAGCACAUAAAUUACACAGUAACAUUUGGGCACGUGCUACAAAUGCUAGAAUGUGCAAUUCUUUUAUUGGAAGAGAAGUAUUUUUAUUGUAAUGUACAGAUGCUACAUUACAUACGAACUGAAAGGAGUUGAUAUAUACAUACAUAAUCAUUAAGCAAUCAUUAAUUUGUGCAACUGCAGACAGGCACCUCAGAGUGUACUACAAUGCAGAGACUGAACUGCUUCCCAUAUUCAUUGCUUUAAUUUUGCCAUUUAUUGAAAUUUAUUGUAUUUUGAAUAACAUACAAAUGAAAGUAAUUAUAUUUUUAAUAUAAGAAUGAAUUGACUUGAAUUAA